AUGUCCUCCAUGUCCGCUGUCGCCAAUGGCGUCUCCCUUGACACCCGCGUCGAAGACUACCUCGAGGACAAGCUCCAGUCGACCGCCGAUCUAGAGAACCUCGACGAGCUGCUCAACAAUGUCGAGUUGCAGCGGAACCAGCUCCAGUCGCAGCUCGACGAUGCUGUCAAGCAGCUCAACGAGGCGCGGCGCAUCGCCGAGGAGCGUCAGGCCGAGCUCCAGACCCGGAUUUCCGAGUUCAACGACAUGCAGGAGAGCAUCGACAGGCGAGUCCAGAUAGCUGCUGCAUCAGAUGCGCCGAGCGAAGCGAUUGCGCGACUGCAGAAGCCAAUGAAGCAGCUACAAAACGUCCAACUGGCCCAAAAGUACUUCAUGCUGCUCCAAGAUGCCGAGAGGCUGCGCAAGGAGGCUCGGUCUCAUCUGCCAAGCAGCCCCAAGGAGGCGCUUGAGCCGUAUGCGCAGCUGAGAGAGCUAGUCAUAAGACUGCGGUCUCUGCCUGGAAACGACGAGCUUCACUUGGUGGACCACGUCGACAGGAUGACGAAGAAUCUCUGGGCCGAAAUGAAGCAGAUCAUGUCCGCAGAGCUAGAGACUGUGCUCAACAAGAAGCACUGGCCCAAGGUCGAUCCUCAGUCUGAGAUGGACGAGGACUGGGUGGCGUGCAUUGAGAAGCUACUCGACCUGCAAAUGCCAGAGAUUGUCCAUAGCACGGAUGUCGUGAUUCUCUUGCCGUUCGAAGUCAUGGCCAGAAUGUUCGUUGCCGAGUUUCGCUUCCACUUCCUCAGCGACAAGCCGACCAGCAGCCCUCAGUCGGUCGGGACUCAUUGCUUCCCCUGGCUUCUGACAACCCUGGAGAAGUGGGAGGACUUCUUUCGCGAUAAUCUCGGGCAUCUCUUGGCAUCCAAGUUUCGCGAGACACCGGUGGCCGACAAGACCAUCUAUGCGGACCCUGCAUGCGCCCUCAUCACGGCAAUGCUGCCUGUUGUUCGGGAGAAAGUCGAUGCGGUACUGUCAGAAACGAGUGCCAAUCCUGGAUUCUUGAGCAGCUUCAUCUCGCAAUUGAUGACCCUGGACGAAACCAUCCGAUCGAGGUUCAAUUAUGACGGUGGCGAUCCCGAGAAAGGCUGGGCAGGGUUGUCGGAAAGCGUCCUGGACAAGUACUUUGACGUGUGGUUCCAGGCCGAGAGAAGCUUUGCGCUGGAGAGAUUUGAAGUCAUCAUGGAAUCCCGGGACGCCCGCAAAAUUGACUAUGACUACUCCCUUCCGGGCAAGAUGAAGCCCACGUUUGCGGCUGUGCAAAUCACCGAUCUGUUGCGCGUCGUCACAACCAAAUACGAGCGUCUCCGCAAGGUCAAGCAGAAGCUCAAGUUCCUGACAGACAUCCAGCUGGAUAUUCUCGACGGCUAUCAUGAUCGUCUUCGAAGCUCGCUGGAGGCCUACCAGGCUCUCACAUCUACCUUGGGCCGGACCAUUCAUGGCGUAACAAAAGAGCAGCUGGCCGCUCUGGAAGGGACUGGUGCUUUGGAGACGCUGUGCAAAGUGAUAGGUAGUGCUGAUCACGUUGCCAGUACGUUGGCUGAAUGGGGCGAUGAAGAGUUCUUUGUCAUUCUGUGGGAUCAACUGCACAAGCGUGAAUCUAGGCAGAUAAGGCAUCAAACCUCGGCCAUCGCCAGCGUAGUCGGGGCUGGCGACGAUCUCAAGGAACGUACCGUCGCCGCAGUCGAUGAGGGUAACGAGAACGGCGCCAUAUUUGACGAGACUAUUGCGGCAUACACCAACCGUCGCAAGGCCGGCGAAGGCCUUCUCGUGGGCGCACUGGUCGAGUCUCACUCUAAAGCGCUGCGCGCCUACACCCACAAUGUCCAGUGGACCACAGUCGGCGAAAGCGCAACAUCAGAUGACUCUUCGGCCCUUUCCAUCACACCAGAGCUAGAUGAGCCGCUGAGCGUGCUCAAGAGAAACCUAGAGUUCUUGGGCAAAGCGCUGUCCGCUGCGUCUUACCGCCGUGUCUGGAGGGACGCGCUCGACAAGCUGCAGGACUUGCUCUGGUCCAGCGUUCUCACCCGCCAAACGUUCACCACGCUCGGCGCGGCGCAGUUCGCGCACGAUUGCGCGUCCAUCUUCUCGCUCGUCGACCGGUUCAUUCCCAAUGGCUCGGCCGCGCUGGAAGCCCUUCGCGAGGGGCUGGUUCUGCUGAACUUGCCCGCUUCGGCAGAGGGCGAAGGGAUGACGCUGAAGCAGGCGAGUGAUCGGGCGUUUAGGGACAAUGACGAGGCGCGGAGGGUUCUCGAGGAGCUGGAGCUUGUGGCUCUGACGCCCCUAAAUGCAAGGCAGAUUCUGCAGAAGCGGGUGGAGAAUAAUGAGAAUGUCGGCUGGUAA